AUGUGCUCGACGCCCGGGCUGCCCACGCCGGGGGCCUCCCUGGCUCUGCGGGUGUCCUUCGUGGACGUGCAUCCCGAGAUGAUCCCCGUGCAGCUCUGGGGACUGGUGGGCCAGCGGCGGGAGGAGUACGUGCGGCUGAGCAGGGAGAUCCAGGAGGCGGUGGCCACGCGUGGCCCGUGGGCGCUGAGCGGCACCGCGGCCUCUCCCGGAGAGCUGUGCCUGGUGCAGGUAGGGCUCCUGUGGCACCGCUGCCGCGUGGUCAGUCGGCAGCUGCAGGAGAGCCGCGUCUUCCUGCUCGACGAGGGCCGCACCAUCACGGUGGGCGUGGGCUCGCUGGCGCCGGGACGCAGCGAGUUCUUCCAUUUGCCCUCGGAGGUGCUGGGCUGCGUGCUGGCCGGCUUGGUGCCGAUGGGCAGCGGUGGCGCGGGCGGGGGCGAGCCACAGCACUGGCCGUCCAGCGCCGUGGACUUCCUUAGCAACCUGCAGGGCCAGGAGGUGCACGGACGGGUCCUGGACGUGCUGCUGCUCCAUCGCCUGGUUCUGCUGGAGGUGCCCAGUGUUUUCCAGCAGAUGCAGGAGCUCGGCCUGGCCCGGCAGGUGCCCAACAGCCUCUUCCGCUCGCUGCUCAAGCGCUACCUCGCGGCGGCCACUGCUGGCCUGGGCUCCUGGGCCUCGGUUCUCCCGCGAGCCCUGCCCAAGCAGGAGCAGCCUGGCCUGGAUUACUUCUAUCCGCGGCUGCAGCUGGGUGUGACGGAGCCCGUGGUGGUUACCCAAGUGUGCCAUCCCCACCGCAUUCACUGCCAGCUCCGGAGCCUCUCGCAGGAGAUUCACCGGCUCUCAGAGAGCAUGGCCCAGGUAUACCGAGUGUCAACGGGGACAGGGGAUGAGAGCUCAACCAGUGCCACCUGGGAGGAGAGGGAGGAGAGCCCAGACAAGCCGGGCUCUCCAUGUGCGUCCUGUGGAUUAGAUGGUCAUUGGUACAGGGCACUCUUGCUUGAGACUUUUCGGCCCCAGCGCUGUGCCCAGGUGCUCCACGUCGACUAUGGAAGGAAGGAGUUAGUGAGUUGUAGUAGCCUUCGGUACCUGCUCCCCGAAUACUUCCGAAUGCCUGUGGUGACCUACCCUUGUGCGUUGUAUGGACUCUGGGACGGUGGCAGGGGCUGGUCUCGGUCACAGGUUGGUGACCUGAAGGCGUUGAUCCUGGGCCAGGCCGUAAAUGCGAAGAUUGAAUUUUACUGUUCCUUCGAGCACGUGUAUUACGUCACCUUGUACAGAGAGGAUGGGAUGGAUCUUAACAGUGUGUUUGGAGUCCAGGCGUGUUGCUUGGCUGACCGAUUCCUUCAGAGCCAGGGCAGAGAGGAGGAAGCGGAGGAGGAGGAGGAGCCGGAAGCGGCUGUGCAGUCUCAGUCUCCCGCCGAAGAUGUGGAUGAAGAGGUUUCCCUCCCCGCCUUACCGUUCAUCAGGUUGAAGAUGAAUGCCUUUUACGACGCCCAGGUAGAGUUUGUGAAAAGCCCCUCGGAGUUUUGGAUCCGGCUGAGGAAACACAGUGGCACUUUCUCCAAGCUGAUGAAGAGGAUGUGCAGUUUCUACUCCUCGGCCAGUAAGCUGGACGGCGUGGUUUUGAAACCUGAACCUGACGACCUUUGCUGUGUCAAGUGGAAGGAAAAUGGCUACUUCCGCGCCAUCGUCACCCGAUUGGAUGACAAGAGCGUGGACGUCUUCUUGGUGGACCGAGGCAAUUCAGAAAAUGUGGACUGGUACGACGUGAGGAUGUUGCUUCCUCAGUUCCGGCGCCUACCGAUACUGGCUCUGAAGUGCACCCUGGCUGACAUUUGGCCUCUGGGGAAAACCUGGAGCCAGGAUGCGAUUUCCUUUUUUAAGAAGACUGUCCUCCACAAAGAAUUAGUCAUCCACAUCCUGGACAGGAGGGAUCGCCAGUACGUCAUUGAGAUUCUUGACGAAUCAAGAACAGGGGAAGAGAACAUCAGUAAGGUCAUUGCCCAAGCCGGCUAUGCCAAGUAUCAGGAAUUUGAAACAAAGGAAAAGAUCCCACUAAAUACCCGCUCCCCAGGGCAUGUUUCAAACCAUUUUGCUGCAGAUAACACCAAAGCCUUUUCUGCCAAGAAGGGAGAAGGAGACCAGAAGACCAAAAGAGAUAAUAAAGCCACGUGUGUGGCAGAAGCUUUGCCCGAUGCAAGUGUUACAACCGACCUAGUGCAGGAAAAAGAGGAAAGGACACCUGCUUAUUCUUCUCUUACGGAAAAUCUCUUAGGACUUAAGACAGUCUUGUCUAGUACAGGAGAGCUCCAAGUCGGAAGCACAGUAGAAGUCAAAGUAUCUUAUAUUGAAAACCCUGGCCAUUUUUGGUGCCACCUCACCAGGAACAUACAAGCAUUUAAGACUCUAAUGUGUGAUAUUCAAGAAUAUUGCAAAAACACAGCUGUUCCUUACCAGGGACCCUCCUCCACUUGUUUGGCAAAGCGACCAGCAGAUGGAAGAUGGUCCCGAGCUUUGAUUAGCGGGACACAAUCUUCAGAGAAUGUCAAAGUAGUGUUUGUAGAUUAUGGAGACCAAGAAAUGGUAUCUGUGAAUGACAUUUAUUCAAUUAAUGAAGAAUUUCUCAAGGUUAAGGCCCAGGCUUUUAGGUGCAGUCUUUAUAAUUUAAUCCACCCAACUGGUGAAAACCCCUUUGUUUGGGAUGAAAAGGCAAUACAAGCUUUUAGUGAAUUUGUAAAUAAUGCGUGGCAGGACAAUCUGGAGUUAAAAUGCACAAUAUUUGCUUUGGCCUCCAUACAUAACGAAGAACUGUUUAGCAUCGUGGAUUUGGUAACACCCUUUCAGAGUGCAUGCCAGUUUUUGGUAGAAAAGAGACUUGCAAGGCAAGAAAAAUGUCCGAAGCCCCUGGAGUUGUCUGUUCAGCUGCAUUCCUACUACUAUUCUACACAUGAUAUGAAAAUUGGAAGUGAAGAAUCAGUGUAUAUCACACAUGUUGAUGACCCUUGGACAUUUUAUUGCCAGCUGGCCAGAAAUGCACGUAUUUUGGAACAGUUGUCACAUAGUGUUACCCAGUUGAGUAAGAUUUUGCUGAGUUUAAAAGUGUCUCCCUUGAUCCCUGAUACUCUGUGCCUUGCUAAGUAUACUGAUGGAAACUGGUAUAGAGGGAUAGUAAUUGAAAAAGAACCAAAUAAAGUCUUCUUUGUUGACUUUGGGAACAUUUAUGUAGUAGCAAGUGAUGACUUGCUUCCAAUACCUAGUGAUGCCUAUGAUGUCUUACUUUUGCCCAUGCAAGCUCUUAAAUGCUCAUUAUCUGAUAUUUCUGAUCACAUUCCAGAAGAAGUGACAACAUGGUUUCAGAAGACUGUUUUAGAUAAGUCACUUAAGGCCUUAGUUGUAGCAAAAAGUUCAGAUGGAAGACUGAUUAUAGAACUAUAUGAUGAUGGUAUUCAAAUUAACGCUAGUGUUAAUGAAAAGGUAGGACUCCUUGGUUGCAAAGACAGAACAAAGAUAAAAAAAGCUGAAGCACUCCUCUGUACUGCUGAAGCUCCUGGAGAAAGAAAUAAAAUUAUGAAGUUUUCCCCUACAGAAAUUUUAAGUAACUCAGUUCAGAACAAAUCACAGAGUAGAGAGAUUUUGGGAGAACCAUACAGACCUAAGAUCAGCGCAGCAUGUAAGGAACUCAAACUUUUACAAAAUUCAACAAAGACAAACUUAGUCACCCAAAUUCAGGACCCUGUGGGAAGUAAGAAUAAUCAGAUAUUCCCAGUAGCAAGAGAAAAGAAAGAAGAAAUUUUUGCGGAGCUGCCUUUGAAAGCCACAAAAGUAGAAGCUGCUCUUUCAGAGAGAAAAAUAGGAGAAUCACGCAACAAGGAUUUGCCUCUAAAAUUUUCUCAGUUCCCACAGAAAACUAUAAUGCCUGGCUUUAAAACAACUGUAUAUAUUUCACAUAUCAAUGACAUUUCAGACUUUUAUGUUCAGUUAACAGAAGAUGAAGCUGAAAUCAAUCACCUUUCAGAGAGAUUAAAUGAUGUUAAAACAAGGCCUGAAUAUUAUGCUGGUCCCCCCUUGCUAAGCGGAGAUAUGAUAUGUGCCAUUUUUCCAGACGACAACUUAUGGUAUCGUGCCGUGGUCAAGGAACGGCAACCUAAUGAUCAUCUGUUUGUACAAUUCUUAGAUUAUGGCAACGUUUCUGUGGUCCCUACUAACAAAAUAGGCAGACUUGACCUCACUAAUGCAAUAUUACCAGGCCUUUGCAUCCAUUGCUCCCUGGGAGGCCUUUGGGUCCCCCAAAUUAUAAACUGUAAGGAGAUGAUGCAUUACUUUUCCCAGCGGACUGAUGAGGCUCAAAUCAGAUGUGAAUUUGUUAAAUUUCAAGACAGAUGGGAAGUUAUUCUUGCUGAUGAGCAUGGCAUUAUAGCAGAAGACCUGAUUAGCAAAUAUGCUUUCAGUGAAAAAUCUCAACUAGGACUUUCUACCCAAAUAAUUAAAGGUGCCUGUUCAAAGUCCGGCAAUUCUGACAUUGACACUUCAGUCUUUCUUAACUGGUAUAAUCCAAAAAUGAAGGUGGUGAGAGCAUAUGCCACUGUAAUAGAUGGGCCUGAGUACUUCUGGUGUCAGUUUGCUGAUACCGAGAGACUGCAGUAUUUAGAAGUAGAAGUACAAACUACUGAGAAACAGAUAACAGAUCAGAGAAAUUGUAUACCACGUCCUCACAUUGGCGACCCUUGCAUAGUGAAAUACAGAGAAGAUGGGCAUUAUUAUAGGGCCCUUAUCACUAAUGUUUGUGAAGAUGAUCUUGUAUCUGUUAGGCUGGUGGACUUUGGAAAUGUUGAUGACUGUGUGGACCUGAAAGCGGUCUGGAGCAUUCCUUCUGAACUUCUUUUAGUUCCCAUGCAAGCUUUUCCCUGCUGCCUCUCAGGAUUUAACAUUUCAGAAGGUGUAUGCCCUCAAGAAGGAAAUGACUAUUUUUAUGAAAUAGUAACAGAAGAUGUAUUGGAAAUAACAAUAUUAGAAGUCAAAAGGGAUGUUUGUGAUAUCCCUUUAGCCAUUGUUGACUUGCAGAGCAAAGGCGAAAGUAUUAAUGAGAAAAUGAAGAAGUAUUCUAGGAUUGGUGUGACUAAGAGUGAUCUGCCCUGUGAAAACAGUGGCCCAGAGAUAAAAGGAGCUCAUGAGUGUCCCAGUCCUGAUGUUGGACCUAAGAAAUUGAGUGCUAAAGCUGUACAAGACAAAGCAUGCUUUGUGCGACCACAGACAGAGGAGCUCUCUGAAAGCAUCGAAAAUGAUUUAAACAUUAUUGAAACCAAACCAAGUAAACUCUAUAACGCUGAAACUGAAAAUAUCUUCGAAGCUUUUGAAAAGACAUGCAAAGAUAAAAUUGGCACCAAGGUACUGGAAGGUAAAGUAGAGCUCUACUUGGCUGACAAAGCAAAGUUUGAGGAUGAAUAUAUUCUUCCAGGAUUUAGCACGUUAUUACCACAUGCUAGCGAAACAAAGGAUAUAUUAGAGCUGAACUCACUUGAGGUACCACUUUCUCCCGAUGAAGAAUCAAAGGAAUUCUUAGAACUAGAAUCCAUCGAGUUGCAGCAUUCUCUAGUCGGAGAAGAAGAAAAAGAGGAGCUAGGACUGGUGCCUCCAGUCCCGCCUCUCUUGGAUGGCUGUGGCCCAGAAAGUCCCCUAGAACCAUUUGCAGUGGAGCUUCCCCUCACCUGUGAAGCUGAGAGGCAGGAGGAACUGGAACUGCCUAUAGCCCAGCUGUCUCUAGAUGACAAAAUAAAUCCUUUGUCUUUAAGCAUCAGUCAGAAAGCCCAAGAAUCCAGGAGUGUGGAGGACAGGAGAAACCCAAGUUGUGUAGAAUCUUUUGAUGACCAGCAGGGGAUGCCAUUACAUCUACCUGAAAAGAAUUGUGACCCCCAAAUGCAGAUUGAAAUAAGUACAUAUAAAGAAGAAUUUGCUGACUAUGAAAACAGAGAUGCCACCUCCUCACUGAUACCUUUGUUCCCUAAAGAAGACCCCCCUAUGGAGAGGAAGCACAGUACUCUACCAGACUGUGUUUCAGCUCAACCACAGAACAUUUUCAGUCUGAAAGGGUUUACUGUUGGUUCCAAAUGUGUUGUAUGGUCAACUCCAAGAAACACCUGGUCCAAAUGUGAGAUUUUGGAAAUAGCUGAAGAAGGCACAAGAGUUUUAAACCUUUCCAGUGGUAAGGAGGAGAUAGUGAACCCUGAGAAUGUCUGGAAUGGCAUACCUAAAUUAGAUAAAUUAGAUAAUAGUCCAUCUGAGGCUGCAUUCCACACAGUGGGGAAGGACCCUUACUUCACAUCAUCAGAGGAUGCUGCUGCAGUUAUGGAAAAGGAGUCUGGAGGUGAUGUGGGUUUAACUCUGGAGCCAUAGACAAGGACAUUCAGCCAGAAGCUGCUCUUCCACCACUAGCUUCUUACCCAGAGCAACAGAGUAUCUGGGAGAAUUCAAAGUGUGUAGCCAGAGGACAUCGUCACUCUUGAAAAUCGUUAUAUGCAUCAAAGACAGAAAUGGGCUCAGGUCAACCAUGUAGCAUAUUUGUAAAGGUGCUGCGGUAUACAUGGAUUCAGGAUAUUUCUUCUGCCUUUAAUCAUUUUUGUAAUCAGUUGGAAACACUUAUUUUGCUAAAUAAUCUUACU